CCGGCGAAGGAGCCGGGGUUAGCCGCGAAAUUGUUGUUCCAUAUCAGGGGGAUAAAGAAAAACAGUCAAAGACAUAGCAAGGUAGAGGGAAAAGGGGUAAAAACCAAUAUGCCAAAGCUACCGCCGAUUCUGAAAAGGCUUGAUAGACUUCCAUCUCCGUCGCAGAUAUCUCCAAUCCCGCCGCUGCCUUCGCCGCCGCCGGCACCUCUCGUCCCUUUCCCAACCCUCACUCUCACGCCGACUUCUAAUUACGAUUCCCUCUUGAAUUUCCUCGGAGCCUACUUCACAACCCGACCAGUGAACCCACAGAGCCUACUUCACUUCUUCAAAUCCAAGCUCCACCACCACCCUCAUUACCGUCACUAUGAUCUCCACAUCUUCAGCUGGGCCGCCACCGUGGAUUCUUUCCGACAUGACCACACAACUUUCGAGUGGAUGGCCCGAAGUCUCGCCAACACCAACAGGCUUUCAGACCUCACCCCACUUCUCCAAUUCAUGGCUUCCAAUCCCUGCCCCUGUAGUGAAGGUAUCUUCUCUUGCCCCAGAAUUGAGCCAAUUUUCCAGUUUUCCAUCAACGCUUACUGUAAAGCUGGGAACUUGAUUGAUGGGUUAGUGGCUUUUGAAACUAUGAGAAGAUUGAUUGAUGGGAGGCCUAAUGUAGCUAUUUACAAUACCCUGAUCAAUGGGUUUGUGAAAUGUGGGCGGCAUGAUAAGGCUGUAGAGGUUUAUGACAGAAUGUUGAAGGAUAGAGUUAAACCUGAUGUGUUUACUUUUAACAUCUUGAUUAGUAGUUAUUGUAAGAACAAGAAGUUUGAGAUGGCUUUGGAGUUGUUCAGGGAGAUGAGGGAGAAGGGCUGUAGCCCUAAUGUGGUUAGUUUCAAUACUUUGAUCAAAGGUUUCUUUAGACAAGGAAAGAUUGAGGAUGGGAUUAAGAUGGCAUAUGAGAUGAUUGAUCUUGGGAUUGAGUUUUCAACUGUGACUUGUGAGAUUUUGGUUGAUGAACUUUGUAACAAAAGCCGAACGAUGGAAGCUUGCGAGUUACUGAUUGAUUUUUCAAGGAAAGGAGUUCUUCCUUCUGCAUUUGAUCUUUCUGGGCUAGUGUCUGUUCUCUGUGAGCAAAAGUGUGCAGGUAGAGCAUUGGAGCUGGUGUAUGAGUUGUGGAAGAAUGGAAAUGUUCCUAGCUUGAUUUGUUCCACAACGUUGGUUGAAGGUUUGAGGAAGUCAGGGAGAAUAGAAGAGGCAUUCAGAUUGAUGGACAAGUUGCUCAACGGAAAUGUCAUUGUUCCAGAUAUUAUAACAUUCAACUGCCUAAUUCAAGAUGUUUGCAAAGUAGGCAGAACGUCGGAUGCUGACAUGUUGAGACUAUUGGGAUGUUCCAAGGGUUUAGAGCCUGAUUCCACGACCUACAACAUUUUGGUUUCUGGGUAUACAACAGAAGGCAAGAGUAAGGAAGGGGAAGUCUUGGUGGAGGAGAUGUUGGAUAAAGAUUUCAUACCUGAUCUUGCUACUUAUAAUACGUUAAUGAACGGACUGUCGAAUUCUAGAAGAAGAAAUAGAAAUUCGUCUUGCAAGUAAAAUUCAGAGACAUGAUCUUGUGCUAGACGUGAGGAUAGUCUGUGCAGUUUUAUGCAGCUCAUUUUCCUUGGUUCUGGUAUAUGAUGUAAAAGCCUUUGUAUCCCUUGUAUUUGUAUGCAAUUCCUCCAAGUUUGUGGCUUCUUCCAUGGCUUCCGUCGUGUACUUGCCUCUAUGCUAGAGGUAACUAACAAGUUGAUAAGGUGUCAUUCUAGGUUACUCUUUUUCAAUAAUUUGGGGAUGUUUUU